UCAGAUUACUCUGCAGCGAAAACACGCACGAGCUUCUGCAGAGCGGCAGAGAGACAGGCGCGCGCGGCGGAGAUGACACUCUGAAAAUCUGCUCCCUGAAGUUCAGCCCCUCCUAAUCGACUUCCAGAAGCGUCCGUCCAGGAGAGAAGAAGGAGAGAGCCGUCGCCAACAUGUUCAGCACCAAAAGGCUGAAGAAGAAGUCCCAGUCGGUGGAUAUCGCUCCUCAAGGCUUCCCAGCCAGCCUGAUCCCGGGGCUGUCCUUAAACCGGUCCUCACCACCUGUUGCUAGGACAACCACGUUUGAGGUUCAGGAAAACAACACCACUAAUUCCCAGCGGCGCAGUCCACGAUGCAGCGAGCUGAAGAGAGGCUACACCAUAGAUACGGGCCAGAAGAAGACCCCCGACAAGAAGGACGCCAGCCGCCGCAUGUCCUUCCAGCGACCCAAGGGGACCAUCGAGUAUUCUGUGGAAUCGAGGGACACUCUGAACAGCAUAGCGCUGAAGUUUGACACCACCCCCAACGAGCUGGUUCAGCUAAACAAGCUCUUCUCCAGAGCCGUGGUCCCCGGCCAGGUUCUGUAUGUUCCUGACCCCGAGUAUGUGUCCAGUGUGGGCAGCUCCCCCUCCCUCAGCCCCAUCAGCCCCCUGUCCCCCACCUCCUCAGAGGCUGACCUAGAGAAGGUGACGGACUCUGAUGGAGCGCCCCGCUCGGAGGCUCCGGCCUCCAUCCCGCCGGUGUUCUCUGCCCUGCGGCCCUCCCGAGUGGUCUCCUCCACCUCUGAGGAGGAGGAGGCGCUGACGGAGAAGUUCCUGAAAAUCAACUGCAAGUACAUCACAGAUGGCAAGGGAGUAGUAAGUGGAGUUUUGCUGGUGACACCCAACAACAUCAUGUUCGACCCUCACCGGACAGACCCCCUGGUUCAGGAGCGAGGCUGUGAGGAGUACGGCAUCAUGUGCCCCCUGGAGGAGGUGCAGUCUGCGGCGGUCUACAGAGAGAUCACCGACAGCAAGAUCCGCGAGUCGGUUCCCCCGGAUUUGGACGUGUUGUUCUCAGGACCCCCUCAACAGGGGGAUAGCCGUCUGCGGGAGGGCUACGACAGUGCCAGCACCGCCCCUCGGAGCACAGAGGGCUCCCUCUCUGAAGACGUCUUCACCGAGUCGGAGCUGUCGCCCAUCCGCGAGGAGCAGCAGUCCACCGAGGAGCUCCGUCAGGAGGACAAGUCCUCAGGCGCCUCCUCCGAGUCCGUCCAGACAGUCAGCCAGGCACCGCUGGCAUCAGAGGGCGCCCGAAGCCCCAUCAGCAAGCCGGAGGGAGAGGAGGCGGCCAGGGCCAAGGAGGGCGAGAAAGCAGAAAAAGAGCAAGGAGUACAGCCAGCCAGCGACACUGCCGAGCCCCGCUCCUCACUGGGCUCCAAACAGCACAGCCAGGAGCAGCCAAGCACACCUAGCAGCAGGGACCAGCAGCAGCAGCAGGCUGGAGGAUCUCGCACAGCCUCCCAGAGCUCCAUCACUGGAGCUACAGAGGAGGCCGCGGGCCAGCAGAGCGCCCCAGACGGGGCCAGACUCACCCGAGAGGGUACCCAGGACUCGGAGACAGAUGUGGAGGAGCUGAGGAAGAUGUGGAAGAGUCACACUAUGCAACAAGCCAAGGAGCAAAGGGAAAAUGUGCAGCAUGCUCAGAAGGACAGCGUGCCGCCUAAGAGCACCCAGAGGCUGGGCUCUGCAGAGGGUCCAGUCACAGUGUCCAGGGAGAGGAAGAUGUCCAGGUCUCAUAAGUUCCUGUGCCUGCGGGUUGGAAAGGCCAUGAAGAAGACUUUUGUGUCCAACGCCAGCGCCUCCAUGCAGCAGUAUGCCCAGCGUGACCGCAAGCACGAGUACUGGUUCUCUGUGCCCCAGGAAAGGUCAGACCACCUCUACUUGUUCUUUAUCCAGUGGAGCCCAGAGUCAUUCGGGGAUGGCAUGGGGGGCAUUACCCGUGAGCCCGGCUUUGUGGUAGUGAAGAAGAUUGAAGAAUCGGAUGGCAGCGAUGAGCAGACAGCAUCAGACAUCUCGCCCAAGGAGUGGGAGGUAGUGUCAGUGACUGAGUACCACCGCCGGAUCGAUGCGCUAAACAGUGAGGAUCUGCGUGCCCUGUGCAAACGGCUCCAGAUCACCACUAAGGAGGAGGUGAACUCCAAACAUGGCACGUCCAUCACAGCCAGCCUGGAGCCAGAAACCUUCAAGCCCAACAUGACUGAACCCAGUGAUCUGCUGGAGGCUGAGCAGAUUGAGAAGUUGGCCAAGCAUCUCCCACCCAGGACCAUAGGCUAUCCCUGGACUCUGGCCUUCAGCACGUCUAAACAUGGCAUGAGCAUCAAGACCCUGUACAGGAUCAUGCAGGGGCAGGACUCUCCUGUCCUGAUGGUCAUUAAGGACAGUGAUGGACAGGUGUUUGGGGCAUUAGCAUCGGAGCCCUUUAAAGUCAGCGAUGGAUUUUAUGGCACAGGAGAAACCUUCCUCUUCAGCUUCUUCCCAGAUUUUGAGGCAUAUAAAUGGACAGGGGAUAACAUGUUCUUCAUUAAAGGGGACAUGGACUCUCUUGCAUUCGGUGGAGGAAGUGGUGAGUUUGGAUUGUGGCUGGAUGGAGAUCUCUACCAUGGCAGGAGUCACUCCUGCAAAACCUUUGGGAACCCUAUGCUCUCCAUGAAGGAGGAUUUCUUUGUGCAGGACAUCGAAAUCUGGUCGUUCGAGUAGGCCGUUCCCGGAGAGAGACCGAGGGAAGGGGAGAGAAAGAGAGGUAGUGACAGAUCCAGUCGGGAAGAGAACGCCAACCAGACGCCCCUGUGCCCGGCAGUGUCCCAAACCUUAUCAAGCAUCACUUUUGGCUCCCAGGAAGCCUGAUAAAGAAGCAUAAUCUCACUAUGCUUGUCGUAUGUUACUCCUGCAUUUAAUACAAAGCUUUUCGUUUUUCCUCUAUUCGUGCUGUUACAGUGUGUGCUUCGUUCCAGAUUUUGGUGAGGAAGUAGUAGAGGGUGUGAUUUGAGUAGAGGAAAGCCAAGAUGAGGCGCCAUUACAGCAGCAAGCAUUCAGAUUCAGGUUCUGACGGACCAUCGGAGCAGUCUUUAACAUCAUGUAAGUGGAAAUGAUGAUGGUGGCAUAGGUUUGGGACGGCUUUAUAAACUGCCAGAGUCCAGACGACCCGAGCCAGUCGGUGCCGGGCCACCCUUUGGUUAGUCAAUAGGAUGUUACCAAUGCAUCGCUGGUCUCGCUGGAGACGGACGGAAAGAAAUCGAAACGACUACAAACACAUUCCCGCGCCCUCAGAGACAGUACAGACGUUCUGGGAGCGAACGGAACGCCGGGAUUAAAAGGCGACGUCCGUCUGUCCGGAAGAGCAGAAAAAAGGUGUACAUCUGCAGUUUCUUCUGAAGAGAAAUUAUUCGAGUGUCGUGAAUUCUGUAGUCUUUCUGUCGUUCACCGUCAUAGAUCCACCACGUCGAAGCACAUAGCCCUUAAUCUGAGAGGAAAAAAAAUCCCAUUGUCGUAAUGUUCUGUUAAGUGGGUGUACGUGUGAGUUCGGCUUCCUCCGCGCGCGGAGGUUUGUGUGUACUGUUCGUAGACAGUAAUGUGUCGCAAUAGAUUUUGUGGAAUAUGCAAAUUACUGUCCUUGUAACCUCAAUAAUCCAGACGGGGUCUUUUGUCUUCUCUUCCCGUCGCUCUUUCAAACAGAACUUUUAAAAGCUUUUACGUCUCGACGGAACAAUUGCUUUUCUGGGUAUCAUUCGAAAAGCCGGAGAUGUGGUUUAAUUGUUUUUCAUAAAUAUGAUGACAAUUAUAAAUAUAUAUAUAUAAAUUAAUAUAUAUAUGCAUAAAUAUAUUUAUGUAUAUAAUUAUAUAUCAGAUUAUAUAUAAUUAUAUGUAUUGCUGUUAAGUGUGACAGUGAUCUUUUUUGUGCUGAUAUCUCAGCUGUUAUACCAAUAUAAUGUACAGUAUAUUAUUACCCUGUAAAUUAAUGCUUAAAUAAAUAGUAGAUCUGUUCAUAUAUAUAUAUAUAUAUAUAUAUAUAUAUAUAUAUAUAUAUAUAUAUAUAUAUAUAUAUAUAUAUAUAUAUAUAUAUGGUUUUGCUUCUAGCACUUUAAUCUAGUUUAAAGCCAGAUUCUUUGGGCUUUAUUAGCAGUAGCUGUACAGGGUUACUUUAUUUUUUUCUCUUUUUAAUUUUUUAAUUUUAUUCGUCUGUUUAGAUGAUGACAGAUGUUAGCUGUUUAUGAAAAGCUAGCUGCUGCUACGCUAUCGGGAAGAAUAAGCCAGGUGUAGCUACAGCAGUGCGCCGAGCCGAGUGUCGGCGAGUGACCGUUGGGUUUUGGGUCUCCCCUCACGUCCUGUCCCAGUGCUGUGUCUUUUGUCGGUGUGUAGCCUCACUGUUAACAGAUUGAGGGGGGGUGUUGGAAGGGGGGGUCGGGAGGGUGAGGAAAAUAUAUAACUCCAUCCUUUUCCACCCUUCUGGCGAGAUGUGUCCUUGAAGUCACAGACUAGAUCCAGCGUGAACAAAUGCUCCAGCUGAUUCACUGGAAUACAAUGUAACAGUGAUGUAAAAAAAAUAAUAAACAAGUAAAUAACUAAUAAAAUAUGAAUAAAUUAUUGUAAUCUUGGAUAUAACA